AUGGCUUACUCCGCUUCCGGAAACGACGCAACUCAUGCUCCCUCUCGUAAAGGUAGCAUGCCAUCACCGCGCCCUCGCAACCGAGCUGGUGCUCGGCAGGCGAGCGAUUCUGGAGGUGUAGUAGGCUUGCCUGGUUCGAUUGAACAAGAUACUCUCUAUAACACUUACAAACCCGCCUUGAGCGGUUCAGACGAUUUCUUGGGUUUGGAUCUGUAUGACUUUUCCAACUUUGAAGAUUUCGACAUGUCACAAUUCUCGACUAUUGAGGACCCCCUUCAACAACCUCAACAGCCUCAACGGGGUGGUAGUUUGGGCUUUUCAUCUAUCCAGACCCAGCAGAUUGUUGGAAACAGCUUGGGCUACUCAUCUAUCCAAACCCAACAGGUUGGUGGAAACGAUUUGGGCAUUUCGCCCACAUAUAGCAUUCAGAUUCCUCCGACCAUGCCCAAGAGUAUGGUCGACAAUGCAAACGCCUCGUCUAAUGCAGUAGUUCCUAUAGAUCCAGCCCUUGAAGACUGGGAUCCCAACACGAACACGACCCCGCUAUCACCAUUCUGGGGCAUCACACCUGGGCUCAGUGCACUACCUCAAGGCACUGAUUAUACACAGCCCGAAUUGCCUGCUCAGCCUACACAUAUAUAUCCCGAUCCCGAUUCUUAUACACUAUACCCGACUGGGCCUUACUACCGACCACAGAUCUACAAUGGAUACGUUCCCAUGCAAUAUGAGCAGCCAGUCGCCUCAGGAUCAUAUAUACAGUCCUGGGGCCAGACAUCGGUCUCAACUGUCCAAAAGCGCAAGCGCUCUGGAUCGGUCUCUGACGAUGAGGCUCCCCUUAUCAAGCGAACACGUCCAGUUGAAGGGAAGCACACGCCUCCAGCAAUCUCUUCCCGUCGCCCGUCCACUUCUUCGAUCACCAAGCCUGUCAAGACCGCCGUGGUCAAGCCUGGCCAGAAGCCUAAGAAGGUCGAGGAGAAGUCUUGGGUUCGCAUCAACACCUCGACUCGUGGUGAGACGACGCGCACAGCUCGCAUCAAUCAGUACACCGAGGAAGGCGACAAGUACAAGAUGAUGGAUCUUCCUCAUGGUGACUGGGAGUCGACCAACUACAAGUUUGAGUACACACAAAUUGGUCACAUGCACGAGUUCAAGAAGCGCACCAUGUCUGCUCGCCAGAUUCACGAGUACAUCACCCAGUACCCUGGUGACCUGCGCAUUUGGAUCCAGCCUGUAGCUUCCGACUCUGCUCGUCGCUACAAUUCUGCUACUCAAAAUCACUGUCGUUUUGAGAAGUGUCCGAUGCGCAAGUACACUGGCAAGGGUACGACUGAGGUUGGCAACUACCGCGUUGCAUUCGACGAGAAGCACAUGAUGUACGGUAAAGGAGUAGCUGACCCAUACGACUGUGUUGGUUAUGCGCAUCUGUACUGUAUGGAGCGCUUCUUGGACUUUGCCUACAUCUGCCAGGUUGCCAACGUCAAGGUCGAUGAGCGUGUGAGCCUCGCGGCGGAGCCCAAAGGUGUCUUUGCAGCUGCCUUUGGCCACAAGCAUUACAACGAGGUUGCUGUCGCUAGCACAUUCAUCAAGGCUUGUAAGAACGGGCGUCUGAGCGAGACUCGCGAUUUCAAGAACUACCCGGUUCACGAGCACUAUGCCCAUGGCGAGCCCAAGCCUCAUGAGCUCACUCUUGUUUACGCGUUGUACGAGAUGAACAUUGAGCAUCGUGCGCCAUCGCAGAUGAAGCAAUUCGUCUGCCAGCGUACGAUCCGUCCUGGGUCCUUCACCAUUCACCGCGGUGACAUUGAGGUGAAGCUCGUUGACAAGAAGAUUGAGAAGCUGGACGCUUUCAGGGAAUGGGUAGGUGGUGACUGUCCAAGAAGGAUUUCGACUACUCGGCCUACUACGACUACUUCCAUCCUGAGAUCGACAUUCCGCAUUCGCCGAGGACGCAGGCUCGUCGUGAUGAGAUUGAGGCCCAUUUGCCGCCGGCCGUGGCAAGAAGCGUCGUGCUGCUCCCAUCGUGGAAGACGAGCAUUCAGCGCCCUGCCCCUCAAGCGUGUCAAGCACUCCCACAAGCGUGUAAAAGCUGAUGAUAGCGAUUCCUCAGGGGACGAGGCUCCUCCCCCCCAGCGCCCCUCUACCAAGUGGAAGCGUUACCAGGAUAGGUACUCGUCCUCUUCCGAGGAAGGGAACGAGUAUGAGGAGAUUGGUACUGCCACUCAACCUCAGCACGGCACACGCUCCAGCCCACGCAAGGUCCAGCGCAUCAACUACACUGAGCCCCAGGAAAUUACCGCGCUGCCUUCGCCUCCACCACACCCUCAUGCUGCCUACCGCCCAGCCCAACCCAUCAUCUACACGCAGCAACCCCCUGACACCCGUCGCGGCAGCCUCAGCCAUCUGUUCCCUAGUGACGGCAUCGACUGGGACAACUUCGACCUCUCCAACCUGCCCGAAUUCGACAACGCCGAGCCGCUCUCGCAAUCACAGAUUGACGCCCUCUUGCAGCGCCGCAAGUCCAGCACCAUGAGCGUUGGCCCUCGUGGCUGGCGCAAGCCGCGCACCGCUAGCUUCAAUGCACAGCCCGUAUCGAGCAGCAUGAAGUUUAGACGGAAUGAUCCGCCUUCGCGGGUCAAGUCUGCGGCGGAUGUGCGUAGGGACGCGGCGAUGAAGACACGGCGGGGCAGCCGGUUGGCUGGCAAGGCGAAGUAG